AUUCUUAAAUUCAGUUUAAUUUUGUCGCUGCAACUUAAAACAUUUAGAAAUUUGUUUAUAUUUAAAGAAAUAAAAAAAUAUAUUGAAAAAUAUGCCGCUUAAAUGGAAUUUUGUUUUUGUGUUCUUUAUAAUUUUAAAUAUUUUUCUGCAUAAAACAGAGGCUUAUCAAGCGCUUUUGCCACCAGGCGAAGAUGGCAAAUGCACUUAUCGCGGUGAUAAAUUGGAAGUGGGUAAACAUACCGGCUCAGGACCCUGUCAGAGUUUAACUUGUCAAGAGGAUGGCUCAACACUAGUAGAGGGCUGCGGCAAACUAUGGAUACAAAACUGUAAUCGUGGAGAACGUGUAGCAGCCGAUAAACCCUAUCCGGAAUGCUGUAAAUUGGUGUAUAAAUGCAAAAAAUCCGAUGGUUCCUCCUACUAUAUAGAACGGGAUGCUGCUGAAUAUCAAUUAAAAACUGAAAAUUCUACGUAGUUUUGAGUUGUUCUC